AGCUGAGCGGGCGGAGAGGCGACGCCGCGCUGCAACUCAGUGGCCGCGCAACCUCGCUUUGUUCUCUACUGCUCUACAGCUGCGCCUGGGGCUAAACUGUUAUUGACAGUACGACAAUUGUGGUUGUGGCUUGUGGUCAAUAGUAUCAAAUUAUGAUUAUUUUCUGAAUUUGACUUUCUCGUUCUCGUUGAAAGAAAUAAAUGUAAUAAUGAAGUGUGUUAACCGUGUAUAAAUAUGUCAUUGUUUGUGCGAAAUCGAGGUUAAUAUGCUCUAGUUUUGGCUUUUGUAUCAUCUCAACAUUUUGCAUCGUGAGGUGAUGAACGGCGAUAUAAGCGUGGAGGCAUCACGCCCACGUCCAUUAUCCGGGGGUAUUUGGACAUUAUUUUCUUGGCUUCGUCGAGACGAGCGUUCCUUUUCGGACGAAAGUCUUUCCAGUGUAGGAUCGGAUCGAACUGCCGUCAGCUUUGCAUUUUUGGAACCGCUUCAUUAUAAGGCUGCCAUAGAACCUAUCGUUUUGCCGCCCUUAAGUCCACCUACAGACUCGUAUAAAAAAAGGGUACGCGAUAGAAAUUUUCGACGACAACGCGAACGUGAUAUCACCCUUCAUCGCAAGUACGGGUUAUUUAAAGACGAAAAUAGCGAUCGAUACGACGUUCUUAGUCUGCCACCUGCACGGAGGAACAUUUUAAACUCUGGCGAUAAAGCAGAACGUGGACGAAGAGCAACGAGCGAAAGCUUUCAGAGACGAGCCCCUUACGUGCCUGGUAAACGACGCGCGCCGUUGCCUCCAGCGGUAACAACUUCUCUGCCUCGAAAUUUAUCCAGAAAAAGACCAGCGCCUCCACCACCUACUAAAUUAACCGAUAUACAUAAACAAAGUAUUGAAUUGUGUGCUGAAUCAAUGAACACAAAACCUGGUUGUGAUAAACCUUCCUGUAGCAGCAAAAGUGUGUCUAUAGAUGCCAAAAUUGAAAAGAAUAAUAGAGAAGAAAAAAUCAAAUCUGAUAAAAGCUUUUUGAAACAGAUUUUUGAAAAUAGAAAAAGAAACUCAGCUACAGAAACAAACUAUGUUAAACUUUUGCCAAAUAUAAGCGAAUUAGAUAAGCAAGCAGCGAAGAUAAUUGAAAACAAAAAACUUAAGGUAUUAGAAGGUAAUGCAAAUGUUUCGAUGAGCCGCACUGAUUCGACAUCACCAGACACAGUUAAAGAAAAAUGGAUUUGCACAUUAUGUUUAAGAAAAUACAACGCUGCAGUAUCCUCUUGUUUAUAUUGCGUUAAAAACGAAAAACAAACACAUGAGUCAUUUAAAAAUAAUGUGAAUAUUUCAUCAAAUGUACCCACAAAUAUCUACACACAAACAGAUAAUGAGCUUUUAAAUGUGGCAUCAACGAGUAAAGCAGGCUUAAGCGAAGAAAAGAAAAAACUUAAAGAAAUGUUAAAGGAAAUGAAAGAUUCUCUGCCUAAGAGGCCUAAGCAUAGUAUUAUCGAUACGGAGAGCCCCACUCUUCGCAUAGGAUCUGCAUCAAACCAUGAAGACAAAUCAACUUUACAUCUAGAGUCGCCUUCUAAAGCCGAUAAUAAUUUUAUAAAAAGUUUAGACAAAUUAAAAGUACAGAACAUUGAAGAAAGUGUUUCUGUUGUUGCCUUAAAAGGUUGUAUUGCAACAAAUAAAAACGGUUCAAAUUCACGUUCUUCUUCCAGAGAUAUAUCAACUAAUUAUCCAGUAAAAAAAAUAACACCUCAGUUGGAAUCUAAGAAUACGGGACAAAAAGAAUUUGAAACACCUGAGACAAGUACUGAAAUAAUUAAUAAAAAUAUUUGUUUUAAUGAUCAGUCUAAUGUCUCAAGUAAAAUUUUAAAUAUUCCAUUGUCUAAUUUUAAAACGACAAAUCAGUGUAACACCAAACAAAAUGAAACCGAUUCAUUACUUCAACCGAAAGAUUCUUUUUCAGAAUUUGAAUUUAUUAAGAAGGGGAAAAUAAAUAAUACGCAACUAGAAUUUCAGCCGGAUUUAUCUAAAAGUAAAAAUUCACCAAAAAUAAAAAAGGAGUCACAAAGUUCAAUAAUAACAAAAAAUACAAAACCAUUAGAGGUGAUGCAUUCUGUCAUAAAUAAAGCUGCACUUAACUCAGAUUUGUCUAAUAUACAAAUGAGACGGACAAAUACACAAGAAAAUAACAUCCAAUCUCAAUUCUUACAGACGAAAAUAGUGCAUAAAAGUUCAAUAUGUAAUAAACCCAAGGUAAAUGUAGAGAGAAGGACAAAGGAAAAUAAUAUGCAACAAUCUGCGCCUUCAAAAGUAAUAGAGGAAUCUGACAAAAUUGGAAAAAGUACAGAUAAAAUGAAAGCUACAAUUUCUAGUCUUAUCGAUGCGCCGAGCAUUCAUACACCCUUAAAGAUUUCAUCUCUCUUAAAUCCUUUUUAUCUUCCUGCACAAACUAAUUGUGUGAACACAGAAACGUCAAUAAAUAUAAGUAAAACUAAGAAAUCAAAUGUUUCUCCUUCAACUUCGUCUGAUAUAUUACAACAAUCUUCGAUUGUGUCUAUAUCGAAAUCUCCCAAGUCUAUUAAAGAAACAUCCGAAACUAAUGAAAACGAAAAUACAGCAAAAGAAAUAAAGUCUCCGUCCAACAUAAUUACAAAUGAUCAAUAUAGUACGAAUACAUCAGUAUGUAAAGUUUUAGGCGUAAUACCAUCAUCGUCAUCAAAAGAAAUUAAUAACAAUAAUGUGGGUAAAAUUGAUCACCAUUUUAGACGACGAGAGUUAGUAAAUCAAUUGGAGCAAUCGAUAGCAAAAGGUGAUGAACAGUCGGCAGCUGAUGCUGCUAUUAAGCUUGCUAAAUUGCGUCUAUCGUGUUCAGUUUUGUCCUUCUCUUCACAGAUAGUUGGAAAUGAUCCUACAACUUCAAAAAUUGAUAUGCCUAUUCUAAAACCUAAAGAAAAUGAAACCAAUAAAAAAAUUAAAUUUGAUUUAGAUGAAAAGCUUACGAAACAAAAUGUCGAGUCCAAAUCGAUUAUGCAAAAUAAUUUACAACUAAAGUGUAAAAUAACCAAAUCUUCAAAUAAAAACAAUGAACAUGUAACUAAAGAAUCAACUACAAUGAUCGAUGAUCAAGAAAACAAAACACAAACAAAUAGAGAUAUUACCAGUUUGAACAAUGUGCCAUGCGAACCAUCGACUUCAAAAUGCAAUCCUGUUGCAAAUGGGACAACAUCCAUACAAAUAUGGGUAGAAGAUAAAGAAGCGACCCGAGGACCUAUUAAUUUACGCAUUCCGCGACAAGCCGUAAUGGGCGAGUUACGGCUUCAAGCUGAGAAGUCACUUGGACUGGAUUCUCGAUUACAACGCUGGAUAAUUGGACGAACGCUCUGUUUGGAUGACACUAUACCCCUCGUCUCUUUGGCUGGACCGGAAUUUAGCGCGCCGUUUUACCUCUGUUUAGUGGAGUCCGAAACAAACAAGGAAAAUGCUAACGGUGAACUAGCAAAAGAGCAUAAACAAGAUAAAGUAAAUAACAUAAUUGAUAAUACUCGUGAAGUAUACACUGAAUUGAUGAAGCUAGAGCAGCAAGCUAUAGUCGCUAAUACCGAAUCGUUUGAAUGCAGUGUUUGCAUGGAAGAAUGCGAGGCAGGAAAAGGCGCUGUGCUUCGUGAAUGUAUCCAUACAUUUUGUAGAGACUGUCUCUCAGAUGCUGUGCGACAUUGUGAAGAACCUAUUGUUUCGUGUCCUGCGAUUGGAUGUCCUGGUAUUCUACAAGAGCGUGAAAUUCGAGCGUUGCUACCAACAGAAGAUUAUGAACGAUGGCUGGCACGUGGACUGGCUACCGCUGAAUGUGGAACUCGCAACGCAUUUCAUUGUCGCACUCGCGAUUGUACGGGUUGGGCUCUUUGUGAACCAGGUGUCAGAAAAUUCCCGUGUCCAGUAUGCAAAUGCAACAACUGUGUUCCUUGUCAGGCUAUUCACGAAGCCGAGACCUGUGAACAAUAUCAAAAUAAACUUCGUACAGCUGUGACAGCAGCACAAACUAAUGAAACAGAUGAAGGCACUCAAGCGUUGUUAAAUUCUCUAAUACGCCGUGGCGAGGCUUUGGAGUGCCCAGAAUGUCAUGCCAUUAUAACAAAAAAAUGGGGAUGUGAUUGGGUGAAAUGUUCAGCGUGUAAAACGGAAAUUUGUUGGGUGACCAGGGGCCGCCGUUGGGGACCGGGAGGCCGCGGCGAUACGUCGGCGGGUUGUAGGUGUGGUGUCGAUGGCAAAAAAUGCCAUCCUUCUUGUGGUUAUUGCCAUUAAAUUAUUUUAUUCUUAUUAUAUUUAUUCACAAGAAGUGUACAACUAUAUUGUAUUUAAUCAUCAUAUACCUAUAAUAAAUCAAUAUUUUUAAAUAGUU